UGUGGACUGCCAUUAAACUUUAAAGAAGAAGAAGAAGAAGAACGACGAAGACGGAAGCCAAUAUAAUCCGCAGUUCAUCCACCUCGCCGCACUCACCCACGGAGAAAGCAAGGACAUGGGGCUAGUUCAGCUAGUGCCAUAUUAAAGUAGCUAGCAGCGCAGCACGUUAGUUUUCCAUUCGUUUGACCGACUAAAAGCCGUUAUCAGAGCCAGGAGCAUGGCGUUAAUCUUGUUGACGAGGUCUCGCACUCCGCUGAUGAAAACAUCUCGCUCGUUACAGAGCGAUUUCCGCAACGGGAAGCUUCAAGAUGGCUCCUGUUUCAGCUGUACAUCUCUCAGACUCUCCAGUCAAAGUAGACUGGAUGGUGAUAGGCUGGUGGUCCGAGGUGGGAGCUUGGCUCCGCCCUCCUUCCUAGGCCCCUCUCUGCAUACGGCAUCAGACAGCUACAGGGUUCCAGGCCACGCCCCUUCUAUGAGGCUGUACUCUGCUGUAGUGGAAGGCUCCUCCACCACCACCUCUCUGUACCACCUGGGAGGUGGGUACCCACAGUGGACAGCAUCCUGGCGAGGGAGGGGGAACGUGGUCGGGGUACGGUGGAUCCACACCUCCAGAUGUCUCCGUGACGACUCUAAAGUAGAGAAGUCUCUCCGCUCUCUGAAGGAUAAGAACAAGAAGCUAGAGGAGGGCGGGCCGGUGUACAGUCCUACAGUAGACCAUACCAUAGUCAGGAGAACUAUAGGACAACGUGUUCUAGACGAGGUUAAACACUACUACCACGGCUUCCGGCUGCUGUGGAUCGACACCACCAUCGCUGGACGUAUGCUGUGGCAGGUCCUCAACGGGCACCCCCUGUCCCGACGGGAGAGGAGACAGUUCCUAAGAACUUGUGCCGAUGUCUUUCGACUCCUUCCCUUCCUGGUGUUCAUCAUUGUGCCAUUCAUGGAGUUCCUGCUUCCUGUGGCACUGAAGCUCUUCCCCAACAUGCUGCCCUCAACCUUUGAGACGCAGUCCAAGAAGGAGGAGAGGCUGAAGACGGAGCUGCGUGUGAAGCUGGAGAUGGCUAAAUUCCUCCAGGACACUGUAGAGGAGAUCGCUCUGAGGAACAAGGUUGCCAAGGGAAACGUCACUGAGGAGUUCUCUACCUUCUUUCAGAAGAUCCGUGACUCAGGGGAGCGUCCCAGUAAUGAGCAGAUCAUCAGGUUCUCUAAGCUGUUUGAAGAUGAGUUGACUCUGGACAACCUGACUCGUCCUCAGCUGGUUGCUCUGUGUCGUCUGUUGGAGCUACAGUCUAUAGGAACCAACAACUUCCUCCGCUUUCAACUCAUCAUGAAGCUACGAGCAAUCCGCGCUGACGACAAGUUGAUAGCUGAAGAGGGGGUGGACACUCUGAGUGUGAAUGAGCUCCAGGCAGCCUGUCGAGCCAGAGGGAUGAGAGCUCUGGGAGUCACGGAGGAGAGGCUGAGAGAACAGCUCCAGCAGUGGUUGGAGCUGCACCUGAACCAGCACAUCCCCACCUCACUCCUCCUCCUCUCCAGAGCCAUGUUCCUCCCGGAUACUCUCUCUCCUGCAGACCAGCUCAAGACCACCCUGCAGAAUCUGCCUGACAUAGUGGCUAAGGAGGCCCAGGUUAAGGUGGCUGAGAUGGAGCUGUCCCAGGUGGACAACAAGACCAAGCUGGAAGCCACGCUGCAGGAGGAGGCAGCGAUACGUCAGGAUAACAAGGACCGAGAGAUGGAGAGGCUGGCGGACGCAGCAGAGAGGACAGAAUACUCCCUCACUAGUGUGGACAUGGCUGUACACUCAGAGACACUACGAGACACAGCGCCUGUCCUAGAGGGCAUCAAGGGAGAGGAGAUCACUAAGGAAGAGAUAGACAUGUUGAGUGAUGCAUGUACCCAGCUGAAGGAACAGAAGAAGUUACUCACUCUGGAAAAGGAGGAGCUAGAGGACCUGAAAGAUGACGUGCAGGAGUACAGCGAGGACCUAAAGGAGAUAAAGAAGGAGUUAUCUAAGACUGGCCAGGAGAAGGCCGUGCAGGAGAGUAAGGCCUCUCAGCGGCUCUCUAAGAGGGUCAACGGGAUGAUCAGUAGGAUAGGCAAGAUCAUCACAGAGCUGGAGCAGGACAAGGUGGUCCUCGACGGACAGAUGGACAGACCAUCCACUCCUCCUAUUGGCCUUCUGUUUACCUUUAGGGAGAACCUGAUCAGUAUCAACGAGCUCAUCACUGUCAUGAGGCAGAUCCAGAACAUUCCAGAGCACAAGCUGCAGAGCAUCGCUGACGCUCUCGAUGACAACAAGGACGGGAAGAUCGACAUUGAUGAUGUCAUCAAGUUGGUGGAGUUGAUUGACAAGGAGGACAUUGACAUCAACACCAGCCAGGUAGCAGAAAUCAUGGUGAUGCUGCAGAAGGAGGAGAAGCUGCAAGAGAAGGAGAAGGCCCAGAAGGAGCAGGCUGCUAAGUUAAAUAACUAGCCCACAGAAGAGGCUCUGCUUGGGGGAGGAAACCGCCUCCGAGAUGACCUAACUGGAGCUCAUCUCUGGACCCCAGACCUCCGUAUACCCUGACCAGUCGACCGGCACCAUGAGCUACCACCCACCCACUCUAAACAGUUUCUUCCAAUAGAAUUUAGAGGCUGACUUUUUGUUCAGAAAUUUGUUUCAGAAAGGCUUUUGUGCCCUUAUGAACAUUAUCCCAAAGUACCCCAAAAUUAUACUCAAACAACAUAGUCUUAGAAACAAAUGAUGUAUCUGGGACCCAAGCUAGCUAUCUCAUGGUAGUACUGGGACCCUAGCUAUCUCAUGGUAGUACUGGGACCCAAGCUAGCUAUCUCAUGGUAGUACUGGGACCCUAGCUAUCUCAUGGUAGUACUGGGUUAGAUAUGCUUUAUCUCAGCCAUGUGUGAAACUCAUUCCAGGGAAGGGCGAGUGUCUGGGUUUCCGCUCCACACUUGUACUAUUUAAUAAGGAACUCGCCUCACCUGGGUGUCUAGGUCUUAAUUGAAAGGAAAAACCAAAAACCUGCAGACACUUGACCUUACGUGGAAUGAGUUUGACACCCCUGAUCUAGGCCUUCAACAGGUACGUAAUAAGGCCGAGGCAACAAUGAUAUGAUAUAACAGGGUCUCCUAUCUCACAGCUACAGUUUACAAAACAUUAAGGACACCAUCCUGAUAUGGCGUUCCACCCCCUUUGGCUCUCAGAACAGCCUCAAUUUGGCACGGCAUGGACUCUACAAGGUGUCCAAAGCUUUCCACAGGGAUGCUGGCCGUUGUUUACUCCAAUGCUUCCCACAAUUGUGUCAAUUCGUCUGCAUGUCCUUUGGGUGGUGGACCAAUCUUGAUACACUCGUGAAACUCAGCAGCGUUGCGGUUCUUGACACAAACCGCUGCUUCUGGCACCUACUACCCCGUUCAAAGACACCUACUACCAUACCCCGUUCAAAGACACCUACUACCAUACCCCGUUCAAAGACACCUACUACCCCGUUCAAAGACACCUACUACCCCGUUCAAAGACACCUACUACCCCGUUCAAAGACACCUACUACCCCGUUCAAAGACACCUACUACCCCGUUCAAAGACACCUACUACCAUACCCCGUUCAAAGACACCUACUACCAUACCCCGUUCAAAGGCACCUACUACCAUACCCCGUUCAAAGACACCUACUACCAUACCCCGUUCAAAGACACCUACUACCAUACCCCGUUCAAAGACACCUACUACCAUACCCCGUUCAAAGACACCUACUACCCCGUUCAAAGGCACCUACUACCAUACCCCGUUCAAAGACACCUACUACCCCGUUCAAAGACACCUACUACCCCGUUCAAAGACACCUACUACCCCGUUCAAAGACACCUACUACCCCGUUCAAAGACACCUACUACCCCGUUCAAAGACACCUACUACCCCGUUCAAAGACACCUACUACCAUACCCCGUUCAAAGACACCUACUACCAUACCCCGUUCAAAGACACCUACUACCAUACCCCGUUCAAAGACACCUACUACCAUACCCCGUUCAAAGACACCUACUACCAUACCCCGUUCAAAGACACCUACUACCAUACCCCGUUCAAAGACACCUACUACCAUACCCCGUUCAAAGGCACCUACUACCAUACCCCGUUCAAAGGCACCUACUACCAUACCCUGUUCAAAGGCACCUACUACCAUACCAUACUACCACCUACUACCAGACCCCGUUCAAAGGCACCUACUACCCUGUUCAAAGGCACCUACUACCAUACCAUACUACCACCUACUACCAGACCCCGUUCAAAGGCACCUACUACCCCGUUCAAAGGUACCUACUACCAUACCCCGUUCAAAGGUACCUACUACCAUACCCCGUUCAAAGACACCUACUACCAUACCCCGUUCAAAGACACCUACUACCAUACCCCGUUCAAAGACACCUACUACCAUACCCUGUUCAAAGGCACCUACUACCAUACCAUACUACCACCUACUACCAGACCCCGUUCAAAGGCACCUACUACCCCGUUCAAAGGCACUUAAAUAUUCUGUCUUGCCCAUUCACCCUCUGAAUGGCACACAACACGUCUCAAUUAUCUCAAAGCUUUAAAGUCCUUUAACCCGUCUCCUCCCCUUCAUCUACACUGAUUGAAGUGGAUUUAACAAGUGACCUCAACUAGGUAUCAUAGCUUACACCUGGAUUCACCUGAUCAGUCUGUCAUGGAAAGAGCAGGUGUUCCUAAUGUUUUGUACAUUCAGUGUAUAUAGCCAUACGUUACAACCUGUAUAAUGGCUCUGGUUUGAGAUGAACCAGCUUGCCUUCUAUUCAUUCAACCAUCAAAGGAAUGAUUCGUUCUUCGAGAUCACUCCUCGACUUUGCACACUAAAUCUCAUUCAUUUAUUCCAUUCAGCCCAAUUUAGCUUUUGAUUGAACUUUAUUUUAGUUUUUAUUUUAAAGCUCCUGAUGUUAAUACGUGUUAACUGAGUUGUUGCUAUUUAUUGUGUUGAAUGUAACAUAAAGAUGUAGAUAUUCUAGAGGCUUUAGGGUUCGUCACCAAAGGGACCCCACUUAUAGGAUCCAUAGGAGUUUAUGACCUGUCAAAGUUCUACUGUAGACUAUACCUGAUGUUAGGAGAGACAGACCUGCCCGGUCUCUCUAUUUGACCAGAACCUUAUCAUUUUCAAACCCAUUCUAACUGACUAAAGAAGCAAUCAAAUGUAAUGAAAUCAAUAAUCGGUUGUGUUGAGCUGCAUGGAGCACAGGGUGAGUCUGACCAAUCAGCAUCUUGGCCUUGAAUAGAACCAGACAUUACGGAUACUGUCAAAGAAGUAUUGUUGUUUUUGAUGAAUAUAUAAUAUUCUGCCCACUUUGACUUGAGUCUGUUACUAAAUCCACGGAGGUGUGUGUAUAUAGAGUUAGUUUGGUUGAGUUGUAUUGGACAUCAGAAGGUAUGUCUGUCUCAUACAUGUUGAUUUCAGAACCUUCCUUAUUUCUGAGCUCUAGGCAGAGAAGUGUACGAGCCUGUUGCUGGUUCGGAGGGCUAGGGUGAGAAUGGCUGGUUCGGAGGGCUAGGGUGAGAAGGGCUGGUUCGGAGGGCUAGGGUGAGAAGGGUAUUGAGCUGUUACCUUUAAUCCAUUCCUGGAACACAUUGGGGUUUGCUGUGACGCUGGAGGGUUGGCUGUCGUCUGAUAUAUGAUCAGCUCACACUAGGAACUGGCGGUAUCCAUAUUUUCAUAUCAGACUGUCCUCUUAUCCCGGGAUUUACAGUAUUACCGGUUUAGUACACAAGUGGACACCAAAAAAAUCCCAUUGGGCGUCUUAUUAGUAGAAUGCUAACAAAAUUAGCACAAGUAAUGGCAUGGAGGCUGCUACCUAAAUAUGCUAACGAGCGCAGACAAAAAUAAGUUAAUUGCAAAGACGGGCAGUCCAGCGCAUAAAAUUCUACGUAUAUAGGUAGGCACUACCGAAUGUAAUUUUUGUUGAGUUUGUACAUUUACAAGUGCAUGUGAACGAGAGACAUUGUGCAAAUGAACAGUACUGACUCUGGAGCACAGUACUGACUCUGGAGCACAGUACUGACUCUGGAGCACAGUACUGACUCUGGAGCACAGUACUGACUCUGGAGCACAGUACUGACUCUGGAGCACAGUACUGACUCUGGAGCACAGUACUGACUCUGGAGCACAGUACUGACUCUGGAGCACUAUGUCUACAUGCCGUAUCUGUGUGGAGUCUGGGGUCGCUAGGGCAACGGGCCUGCCUGCUCUGCUUAGAAGGUGGAGCAGACGAGAGGAGAAAAAAUGAAAGGAAAUCAAGAGCGGGCAGUGGCAGCUGUGCAGAACUGAUCCAAAGGGCUUUGACAACUUAAUCAUGGCAGAAAGCAAACACAGUAUGAUGCCCCCCUUACCUUAUUAAUUUAGCCACUUUAGAUAGCUAGGGACUAUGGUAACUUCAUAAUGUGACUGGGUCAGCUGUUCUGGAGGACUAUGGUAACUUCAUAAUGUAAAAUAAUGUGACUGGGUCAGCUUUUCUGGGGGACUAUGGUAACUUCAUAAUGUGACUGGGUCAGCUGUUCUGGGGGACUAUGGUAACUUCAUAAUGUGACUGGGUCAGCUGUUCUGGAGGACUAUGGUAACUUCAUAAUGUGACUGGGUCAGCUGUUCUGGGGGACUAUGGUAACGUCAUAAUGUGACUGGGUCAGCUGUUCUGGGGGACUAUGGUAACUUCAUAAUGUGACUGAGUCAGCUGUUCUGGAGGACUAUGGUAACUUGAGGACAGAGGAAGGUGUAGAGGAGGAGUCAAUUGCACACAAGGUCCAACCAAAAUUUGACUUAUGCUUUUAACCCAACUCCUCUGGAAGAGACACAUUCUAUAUACAGGUAUUGGAGUGGUGCAGGGGCUACACUGUGCGUCCAGGGAGCUGUUGUUGUGGGGGGUUAAGUGCCUUGCUCAAUGGCAUGUAGUGGUAGGAUUUGAUACCAGCAACCUUCCAGCUGACUUCCCGACAGAUUCUUCUGGUCGGUCCGGGAUUGAAACUGGCAACCCUCCGGCUGCUGGCUGGCCUCUAACCGCAAGGGGGAAAUUAUUUCAUGGAGUUUGUAAUUGCACUAUAGUCUAUUAGUCUAAUAAUCAAAUCCAUGUUUGUUGUCCAUGUGGACUCAGGGCGUAUCUGACUGUGUACCCUGGUUCUGCGAUACUAGAGAAGACAAUAUUUGAAGCAAUAAGUCAUUCAUAGUUAUUAUUGGAGAAAAAUGAAGUGUACAAUAUGCUUUUUUUGAGAGAGAGAGGGCGUACAUUGUAAUAGCUAAUUUAUCAUCUGAUGAAAUGCUAUUUUAGUGGAUAGUGUUUCAGAUUGGGAUUGUUUUUAAAGUUGAAGUCAUCUGCACAUCUAGAGGCUGGUGGGCAGCAUGUUAGGGUGAGUAACUGUCCAUCCUGACUGGCAGCAUGUUAGGGUGAGUAACUGUCCAUCCUGACUGGCAGCAUGUUAGGGUGAGUAACUAUCCAUCCUGACUGGCAGCAUGUUAGGGUGAGUAACUAUCCAUCCUGACUGGCAGCAUGUUAGGGUGAGUAACUAUCCAUCCUGACUGGCAGCAUGUUAGGGUGAGUAACUAUCCAUCCUGACUGGCAGCAUGUUAGGGUGAGUAACUAUCCAUCCUGACUGGCAGCAUGUUAGGGUGAGUAACUGUCCAUCCUGACUGGCAGCAUGUUAGGGUGAGUAACUGUCCAUCCUGACUGGCAGCAGGCUAGCAGUAACCUAUAGUAACCUAUAAAUUGUAUAGCAUCAGAUUGGCAGUAUGAUGGAGGAGGACCGGGACAACAGACAGAACUGACUCCAAUCUAAGUUCUAGAAGAGAAUUCUGUAAUAGUUCUAUUGAAGUCUGUUCUACUCUUCUAUCUAUACUGUAGAAGGCUAGUUACUAGAGCUCGGUUCGUAUCAUAUAUGAUAUUAUGCACUGCUAUUGUUUUAUGUUUUUAAUGACCAUCGCACCAAACUCUGGUUAGAGGAUUAAAUUAGGUUUGAGAGGCAAGACGUUGCAGUAUAAUGACAUUCACUACUUAAAAUGUUAAUGAAAAUAAAUCCACUGUUCUUAAUAACCUUAUAUUGAAGAUAUUGUAUAAUUCUGUUUAUUUAAUGUUUAUUUAAUCAAACUGAAAAGUUGAAUAACAUUUUGAACAUGAUUCAGAUGACUUGGUAGCGAUAGUUUACGUCAACAUUAGUCCAAAUCUGAGCUUUUUUGUCAGAAAUCAAAUCUUUAUGUAAAUAAUUAACUUUUACAUAAAAUGGCACAAGUGUUUGAAUAAACUUUGGUUGAUCCUGAA